AUGAUUUUAACGGAUUUUAACGUCCGUUCCUUUAUAUCAUCGCAAAAGACCGUUGGUCCAGCUGACGACAUUUGCAUAGGAUGCCUUUGCGAAGCCGCUUCAUCUUGUAACACGACUUUGGGAUGCAACGGUAGCGUUUGCGGUUUGUUUCGCAUAACGUAUCCAUUUUGGGUCGAUGCUGGAAAACCCGUCAUUGCUUUGGAUAAUCCAGAUUCUCCCGACGCUUGGGUGAGAUGCGUUACCGAACCAUUUUGUGCCGCGCAAGCCGUUCAACAAUAUUUCACGAAAUUCCAACAGGAUUGCAAUCGCGAUGGUAAAAUAGAUUGCGUUGAUUUUGCAUCCAUCCACCAUCUUGGAGGCUACGGUUGUUCUUCUGGAACUUGGAACAAAGAUUUCGAAGCGAGAUUUUAUAAUUGUUUAACGAGCGUUCAAAGUUUGACUGGAUAA